AUGGCGGCCCCCCGCCCGCCGCCCGCCGUCUCGGUGUCGCCGCCCGCCUUCUACGCCCCCCAGAAGAAGUUCGGGCCGGUGGUGGCCCCGAAGCCCAAAGUCAACCCGUUCCGGGCCGGGCCGGGGGCGGGGGCCGAGGACCCCCCCCCGCCGGGAGCCGGGCCGCAGCGAGCCCGGGUGGGCAGGGUGGGCGAGGGGCCCCCUCCCCCGCCGGAAGACCUUCCCCUGCCGCCCCCUCCUCCGCCCGGGGACGAUGAGGCCGCUGUCCAGGGAGGGGCCUUCCCCCCGCCGCCGCCUCCCUUCGAGGAACCCUUCCCCCCCGCCCCGGAGGAAGCCUUCCCCUCCCCUCCCCCGCCCCCGGAGGAAGAGAGGGGACCCCCGGCUGCCCCCCCGCAGACCGUAGGGAGGAUGAGCAGUAUUGACCUCGAGAUGGACUCGCUGUCCUUCAUGUUGGACGACAUGACCCGCAAUGACCCCUUCAAGCCCCGACUGGCAUCUGGAUCCGCCAUCCCCCCGGCACCCGCAGCCCCCCCGGCUCCCCCUGCCCCCCCUGCGGCCCCACAGUUCCACUCCAGAGCCAAUACUGGGCCCAGUGCGGGAUCGGGCCCACGUCCUCCUGCCUCCAGCGGGACCUCCCGGCCCCCCUGGGCAGCCUCUUCCAGUCCCAGGGGGGGCCCCACCCCUCCUGCCCCCGUUUCCGCAGCCAAGACCCCCACCAUGCAGGCCCGUGUUCCCACUGCACCCAAGGUCAGCCCGGGGGCACCCAGGUCAACCCCACUGGUGCCCAAGUUUAACCCUCCCGCUCCUGGGGGACCCCCCCAGCAGAGAGGAGGGGUCCCACUCCCACAGGCUGCUCCCGGCUCGGGGCCCUCCCAGGCCCCUGGCUUCGUCUAUGCUCAGCAGAGAGAGAAGCCCCUGGUCCAGGAGAAGCAGCGGCCAGUGCCCCCACCCUCCAACCAGAGCCAGGUCCAGGCCCCCGGAGCCCCAGGCCCCCUCAACCUGCGGGAAGUGGAGGAGCUGGAGCAGCUGACGCAGCAGCUGAUGAGGGACAUGGAGCAGCCGUCCGGCACGGAGGCCCCCACCAAUGAGUGGUGUGGGCGCUGCCGCCGGCCCCUGUCCCGCUCCCAGCCGGCCGUCAAGGCGCUGAGCCGGCUCUUCCACGUGGAGUGCUUCACCUGCUCCCAGUGUGAACGGCAGCUGCAGGGGCAGCAGUUCUACAGCAUGGAGGGGUCACCCUACUGCGAGGAGUGCUACCAGAGCACCCUGGAGAAGUGCAGUGCGUGCGGGCAGCUCAUCACGGAGCGGAUGCUGCGGGCCACGGGCAACGCCUUCCACCCCCAGUGCUUCACCUGUGCCGUCUGUGCCUGCCCCCUGGAAGGCACGUCCUUCAUCGUGGACCAGGCCAACCGGCCACACUGUGUCCCUGACUACCACCGGCAAUACGCCCCUCGCUGCUCCGUCUGCUCCGAGCCCAUCAUGCCGGAGCCCGGCCGUGACGAGACCGUCCGCGUCGUUGCCCUGGACAAGAACUUCCACAUGAAGUGCUACAAGUGCGAGGACUGUGGGAAGGCCCUGUCCAUCGAGGCAGAUGAGAACGGCUGCUUCCCCCUGGACGGACACGUCCUCUGUCGCCGCUGCCACGAGAGCCGGGCCCAAGCCUGAGUACUACCCGCUCCCUGCCCCCUGCCCUCCCCGUCCGCUUAAGUUCCCACCCUCUCCUACUCAUCCCUGGGCCUGAGCCUCCUCUCCGUGCUGGAGCCUACCGCUCAGCGAGGGGGGUCCGGGAUCCCUUGGGCCUUGCCCUGCCGCUUUCACUUCCGCACCAACUCCCCCAGCUGACCCCUCACCAUCGGCUUUUGGGGAAGGGGGGGCAAUUUGGUGGGGAGGCAGUUUGCCACCUCCCAGAUGGGACCACAGCUGAUUUGAAUAAAGUCAGAUUUCUUUUUC